AUGCCGGACGAACCAACUGAAAGCUCCUCCGCAAAUACGUCACCCAUAGAAAAAACUCAAAAGACGGGUUCAAUACGAAAGACAACCAGCAUGAUAGUGGCAGCAGAAUUAGAACAGAGAUAUCCUGGCGCCACAUUUCAAGUCCCAGAACCUGCUGAUAAAGUAUCUUUGAGAAUCCAACGACCAGUUUCUCCCCAGGUUACUCCUAUCAAGAGGCUAACACAGAUCAACUGUGAUGAAGCAGGCAGGGUAUUACGGCCAAUCGAAGACGAACCGUAUUAUCAUGGAUUUCUGAGUAGAGAGGAAGUGGAAAAAAUAAUCAAGAAGGAGGGCGAGUUCUUAGUAAGAAAAACAGAAGUUGCAGGACGGCACUAUUUCGUUAUCAGCCUUAAAGAUGGUGGUAUCAUGAAACAUUUCCUCAUAAAGCGCACAAGCAAGAAAAGGCUUUACUGGGUGAAUGACUACGCCUUCAAAAGUGUCAAUGAUCUAAUAGAAUAUCACUUGAGAAAUCGGGCGCCACUUAGCACGGGGGGAGUUUACUUGGAAAAAGCAUGUCCAAAAGAGCAAUGGCAGCUGAAUCCUGAGCAGAUUGAACCUGUCGAGAAAAUAGGAGAAGGGGCUUUUGGUGAAGUGUACAAGGGACUCUUGCAAGAGGGGUUUUUUGGUGCACGCAUCCCAGUGGCCAUCAAAACACUCCAUUCGACGAACAUGACGGCUGACGACCGCAUCAAAUUUCUCCAAGAAGCAAACAUCAUGAGAGGAUUUCGGCAUGAAAACGUGAUUCGCUUGCAUGGCGUCUGCACAUCUAAAGAACCUAUCAUGAUAGUAAUGGAACUGUGCCCAGGAGGAUCACUUCUGUUACGUCUACAAGAUCUCAAUAAUCAACCAUCAUUAGUUACGAAAAUUAAUUAUGUGUAUGGUGCAGCGAGAGGAAUGGCGUACUUACAAAGUAAAGAUAUUAUACACAGGGACAUUGCUGCUAGAAAUUGCUUGCUAGGAGAAAAUGAUGUGUUGAAGAUUUCGGACUUUGGCCUGUCAUUCAUCGGAAAGACUCUUAUGGAAAAGAAACUGAAGAAAGUACCUUUGAGGUGGUUGUCGCCGGAAACCCUAAAAAGCGGCGUCUACUCGACCAAAACGGAUGUCUAUAGUUUCUCCAUAAUGAUCUGGGAAAUUUUUUCGUUCGGACAAUUGCCAUUUUACAAAUUCGACAACCGUCAAUUAAGGAAACUGAUUAUACAGAAAAAGGCCAAAUUGCCGAAGUGCCUAGGGGAUAUUCCUCCAGAAAUGGAAAAAUUGCGGCUGCGUUGCAUGGAUCCUGAACCCGAUAAAAGGCCUGAUUUUAUUGAAUUGGAGGAAAUUAUUUCUGAGAUGCCCGAUGUGAUCAAGCCAAAACCGCCAUCGCUGUGGAACAGAAUAAGCACAGCUAUUGGUGAUUACGUUUAUGGAAGAAGCUCCACUUAAUAACUCAUUAAAGCCAGGAACUAUAAUUGUAAUGACUGCUUUUGUAACUUGUCAACAAAAAUUCCGAGAAAAUACCUUCUGUGCAGG